AUGUUCAAUGACUACUUCCACUCAGUAUUUCUAACAGAAGGUGAUGAUAUUUCAAUCCCCACUACACCUGUAUGUGAAGAGACCAUUUCUGACAUUAUUUUAGACCCAAGUGAAGUAUAUGACGUUCUUCAUUGCCUCGAUCCUAGUAAAGCAUCUGGUCCAGAUAAUAUACCAAUCCGCUUACUAAAAGAAUGUGCGCACUCCAUCACACCAUCAUUAAUAUGUCUCUUCAACAAAUCCUUAAAGCAGGCCUCCCUACCAUCAGAUUGGAAACUGUCCAACAUCAUCCCGCUUCAUAAAAAAGGAAUCAAGAGUUUUGUUGAGAAUUACAGACCAAUUUCCCUCAUGUGCGUUGUUGCGAAAGUUUUAAACGUUGUGUUUACAACCGUCUGA